AUACAUAAUCCCCCUUGCAAUUUUAGGGUUUAACAUUGUUAGAAACUUGAAAUGGGGAAGAAGAAGCGUGUGUGUAAGAAAAAGGCUCCGCCACCGUCAAAGGCCACCAAACCGCCGUCACAGUCCAAGCAAAGGAAGAAAAAGGAGCAGGAGGCGGUAAAGCCCAAGACGGAGAAGCAAGUCAGGCAUGCAAACAAGAACGAAGAAGGAGGAACCUCCGUUCGUGAUGAGGAGUUUAACGAUGAGUUCAGUGCUGUUAUCCAAUAUGGUGGGGAGUUUGUGUUUCUGAACGAUGGUCGUACGAUUUAUAGAGGAGGUAUGUCGUCGUUAGUUUCGGGACUCCGUUUAGAAGAGUUUACCUUGGAUAGUAUACAUAGGUUGGUGAUGGGUUGGGGUUACCGUGAAGGGACAUAUAGAAUCUGGACUCUAAUUCGUGAAAUAUAUGAAGAUUAUUUUCAGAUUAGAAAGGAUGAUGAUUGUUAUGACUUUGCUACAUAUAACUGUGUGAAUCGAAUUGACGGGGAACUUUUUAUAGAGCAUGAUGUUGUAGAUAUUGGAGCAACCGUAAGACUUCCUAGGUGUGUUAAUGAGGUUGGUGAGAUGGAAGGAAGUGAUGAAGAAGAGGUUGAGGGGCUAGGUGAUAGUGAAGAUGAGAGGGCCACUGCGCUUGUUGAUGGUUUUGAGGGGAUAGAUAUAAGUUUACCACAGAAAGAGGUCCCAAAAGUUGCUGAAUAUGUUAGUGUUAGUAAAGAGAAACCUUGCGAGGAAGAUGAAUAUGUUAGUGAUGAGUUGGAAAGUUCUGACCCUGAUUUGUCUGACAGUGAGAAAGCUAAAGUCCAAAAGUUUAAAAAGUUCAAAAAGGAGCAUUUAAAUAAGGAUUUUAAAUUUCAGUGGGGGCCACUUGUGGGUUUUUAA